AUGAAAGAGGAGGGAUUCACUCUCGAGUGUCCGAUCUGCUUUAUGUUCUACCAUGGGAGUCUGAACACGUCGAGCUGCUGCAAGAAACUCAUUUGCUCCGAGAGCUAUAUUCAAAUUUGGCCGCCAAGCAAAACGAUUUCCUGUCCAUUUUGCAACCAUGAAGGGUUCACUGUCCUGUACACGCCACUGACACCGACAGAGCUCAACUCGACCCAUUCCGUGACAAAAGAAAUGUCUCCGCGUCGAAGUAGCGCCAUUGGCAUCCCCAAAGCUAUAUAA